AUGCCCGCCACCAUUGUCCUUGUUCUAAGUGUAGGCAGUUGUCUCUUGGUGGCGCACCUCUUCACCACCUAUUUCCGACUAUCAAACAUCCCAGGUCCCUUGGCCGCCAAGUUUACAGACUUUUGGAGAUAUCGUUCUCAAAACUCCAAAGGCCAUGCCAAGAGGCUAGUUGCCUUGCACAAAAAGUUUGGCAAACUCGUGCGCAUAGGACCCAAUCAUGUCAGCAUCAGCGAUCCAGCCGCCGUUUCCAUCGUCUAUAGCACAAGUCCAACAUGGCCCAAGGGUCCAUCUUACUACGGCGCCAUCCCCGUGAGCAAGAACCGAGCUUUGCCUACCAUCAUUGGCAUGGACGAGACCCAGCACACGGCAGUCCGAAAGUCGGUCGGCCGGGCAUUCAUCACAAAUUCUCUCCUCGACUAUGAAGACUCGAUAGAAGCCACUGCACAAGACUUGAUCAAGGCUCUCUCGCAGCAAACGGAAACCGACAUUGGCGAAUGGUUACAAUUCUUUGCCAUGGACAUGUUGAUCCGCAUUGCUUUUAGUGAAUCCCUCGGAUUGCUGGCCAGCGGUCAAGAUGUUGACGGGACGCUUGCCGCCGUCAUGGCCCGGUUUGACCACUGGGGUCACUGGGGCGCUGUUCCAACAGCCGAUUACCUUUUUAACAAGAGUCGGCUUGCUACAAAGCUGAAGGGUGUGGCAGACAGUCCCCUUGCCAGAGUCGCCAGCGCCAAGUUGGAGGCCAGGAGAAAGGACGCGGAGAACCUGUCAUACAAAGAUCUCUGUGCCAAGUUCCUUGAGGGUCAGGCCAAAUACCCGCAGCUUGUCGGGCAGGAUGAGAUUUUGGGCAUCGUCAUGUCCACCAUUGGCGCUGGUGCCGAUACUACUGCCGGCACCCUGACGUAUACCCUGUACUUUCUCUCCAAGCAUCCUGAGGUGAGGGACAAGUUGUUGCAAGAAUUUGAUCAAAACCUUGAAGCUGGCACCCUCUCCCCCAUUCCCAAAUGGCUCGAGGUCAACAAGAUGCCAUAUCUUGAUGCAGUGCUCAAGGAGUCUAUGAGGCUUCUUCCUAUUGCAUCUUGGGGUCUUGAUCGCGUGGUUCCAUCCGGCGGUGCCAUCAUUGCAGGCACAUUUAUCCCCGGAGGAACCAUUGUUGGUUGUCAGAUAGAUGCUAUCCACCAAGACAAGCAUGUAUACGGCACAGAUUCUGAUCAAUUCAGACCAGAACGGUGGCUAGAAGCGGAUGAGGAUCGGCGCCGACAGAUGAAUCGGGCCUUUCUCGCAUUCAGUGCUGGAAAGAGGACGUGUACCGGUGUCCACAUUGCAUGGCUGGAGAUGAAGAAGACGUUGCCAUUGUUGUUGAUGAACUUUGAUAUGGAUCUAGUCGAUCCCUCCCAAGAUGUUCUUGAUGGCAUCAGAAUCAGUGCCGUCAAGUAUCCACCUCCAGUGAGAAUGAGGAUUACGCCUAGGGUCAGGUGA